UAUCUGCGUGAAGCAGUUUUGAGUUUGGAUAAAAACGAUCCGACGACAAUGGAACAUGGUCCACGAAUUAUCGGUCUCCUGACUCGUCGAUUGGAGAACUUCUUAAAUAGCAUUGUCAACGGGACUGCGCCUGGCCUCUUGAAAGAUCCGGCUUCCCUUCAAUGUCGUGUUUUAAAGUUGCAGCAUGCGGCCAAGUGGAUUUUUGAUAGCAUGUCAAAAGCGAACUCGUGA